AUGGAAAGGAAGAGCCUUAGCAUAGUGAGUGAGGGGUGGCUCAACACCUUCCUCUCUAAGUCUGUGUCUCCUCCUCCUCCAAGUGGUCAGAACAAGCCCUCCCUGUCUGCCUGGCCUAGCCGUGUGGUUCCUCUAGGACACGUGACUCUUCAGUGUCACUCUCUUCUUGGGUUCAGCAAGUUUGGACUGUGCAAAGAAGAUGAGAUCCACAUCCCUGAGCUCCAGGGCAAAAUAUUCCAAAACAGCAUUGCCAUAGGCCCUGUGACCACAGCACAUGCAGGAAUGUGUAGAUGCUAUUAUUUCUACUCAUUCUCCUUAUCACCACAGACAGCACCCAGCGACCUCCUGGAGAUGGUUGUCACAGAACAGUACAAGAAAGUUUUUCUCUCAGCCCAGAUGGGACUCAUGGAGAUGUCAGGAGAGAACGUGACCUUGACCAGCAUGUCCAAGAGCUCCUUUGGCACAUACCAUCUAUCCAGGGAAGGAGAGGAACAUGAACGCAGGCUCCCUGUGGUGAGUAACCACAAUAAAACUUAACAGACUUACUUCUUUCUGGGCCCUACAACUCAUGGAGCAACCUAUAUAUGCUAUGGCUCUAUCAGUGACUUUCCCUAUAGUUGGUCACACCUGAGUGACCCACUGCAUCUUUCUGUUAUAGGUAAGGAAACCCUGUAA